AGUAAUGGUUGGCAUCGCGUGAAUUCAUUACGAGAAUAUUCUUUCUCUCGAUAUAUCUUUGCCAAUGUUUUUAUAUGAAAAAUAAUAUAUAAUUUAUGAACAAUUGUUGUAUUUUUUUCAAUAUUCAACUAAUGUCUGCAACCGUUUGAAUUGAGACACAAAACACAAUGCCUGAGAGUAAAGAGAUCGGGCGAAUAGGGGGCGGAAUGUUCAUAUUGAUCUUGAUCAUAUUGUUUUUCGCCGCCCACGGGGGCUCUAAUGAGAUGAUGUACCUAACGCUGGGUUUCGUGUUCAUUAUAAUCGCGUUGUUUUCAUACGGAUUCUGGUCGGCAGUCAAUAAGGGAGAAGGCGUGUGGCAAUACAUGGGCAAACACAACCUCCAACACCAGCAGAUCUCAAACCCCAACUAUCACUUCGGGAGUAGUGGCGGCGGAUCGUUCAGAAACUACAAGUCCAACCCUAAUAAAAAUGUUCACUUAUGCGCGCCGCCUAAGAUGGGCGGCGCACGGCUUAACAUAUACACCAUUCCCAUCAAUCAGCCGGGACUGCAACGCAACCCAUCGGUGCACUCACCGAAUCGGCCGCUCGGCCGCACGGCGUCCACGUCUCAACACAACCGCACUUCGUCCACAUACCAGCGCCAGAACUACAACCUUCACAACAAUAGGUCUAGUUUUAGGCGAAAGCCCGACACCAACGAAGAGGAGGUGAAAGUAGAGGUCUAUCAUCACUCCGACAAUCACGCCGUCGACGCCAGUAAAGCGUCUGCCGCUGCGGCCGAUGACACGUCUCAAGAGUCGACGAACAAAGCCGUCGAUACCAAAGAUAUACAGAUUCCUAUUCCGUCGGAUAAUUGA